AUGGUCGGCAAUGAAGUUUAUGCUGGUCAACGUCGCAGCUACGGAGGUGCGCUGUGUACCGUGCGGUAUCAUGGUCCCCUUUCCAACACGAAGGGCGAAUGGCUGGGAAUCGAGUGGGAUGACCCCAGUCGUGGGAAACACAACGGACAACAUGAAGGUCAACAGAUCUUCCAAUGUCUAUCAUCAUCACCAACAGCUGCCUCCUUCGUCAGACCUUCCCGCAAUCCAGAUCCCGAGCGGACGCUUCUCGAAGCGAUUCGGUUCAAAUAUGCACCUGUCAACAAAACGGGUGUGGAUGCCUUUACCAGCCACAUCCAGGACGAAGUCAUUGAGAUAUCCGGGAAGGUGGUGGAAGAGGUCGGAUUCGAGCGAAUCCAGAAGCAGUUGUCGGUCCUCGCCGAUCUCAAGAUUGUCCUGGUCGACGAGUUGGUGGUGUCAGGCGUCGCUGGGCGUGGUGCUUCCACUCAGCGCGUUCGAGAUGCCCAGGUCGAACUCGAACGCACAUGUCCCAACAUCGUCGAACUGGACGUAGGUUGGAACGUUAUUGAAACCUGGCAAGACGUUGUGGACAUGUGCGCCCCGUUCCGGAAAUUGAAGAUCUUGAAAGCCGGUGGGCUGCGCUUGAGGGACUUUGGAGCCGACUGUUUCCAGGAACCGCAUCCUUUUCAGAACGUCGAGGAGUUAUAUCUCAACGAGUGUCUGCUCACCUCAGCGCAGGUUAUCAGUAUUCUCUUCCCCAAGGGGAAAUGUGCCUUUCCGUCCCUGAAGAGGUUAUCGCUAUCUCUGAACGAGCUGGAGUCCUUUGAGAUAAACGACGCUACAGGAACAUCCCAAUGUCCUCCUUUGACAACCUUGAUCCUCGACGGGAACCGCUAUGUGGAUCUGUCGCAUGUGCCCGUCCUGUUGACUCUGUUCCCGAACCUCAAGACCCUGUCAUUCCAGGGCAACAUGAUCUCUAGUCUGGGUUUAGACGCCCAUGCUUCCACUGGGUCGUCCGGGAUCCCGAACCUCGAGGCCCUGAAUCUGGCCAACAACAGGAUCCGAGACUACGCCUUCGUCAAUAGCCUUCCACAGGUAUUCCCCAACCUCUGCUCUCUGCGCAUCUCGCGGAACCCGUUGUACGAACCGUCCGGAUCAUCAGACGAGUCGUCAGAACCGUCAUCUGGCCCUCGGAGCCAACAGCAGGUUCAAAGCAGGAAUUCCGACUCAACAUCGUACUACCUGACACUGGCACGGAUCCCUAAUCUAAAGUCCCUGAACUAUACAACAAUCACGCCGCGGGACAGGGAAGAAGGCGAGAUCUACUACCUCUCCGUCGCGGAGAAGGAAAUGCGACACUUUCUGCAAGGAAAUACGGCUCAGAAGCCACCGUCGGGCGAAGAAGUGUCUGGAACGCAUUCAAGCCAAUCCCCACAAGAGAGAGUCGAACUCGCUCGCAAAACCUACCCACUCUACUCCAGCCUGUGCGAGAAGUACGACCGCGAAGACAUUCUCGUCCAGUACCUCCAACAGCAACAGUCAGCGGCGCAUCUUUCUUCAGACUCAUCCCACACCAAAUCUGAACUUGACACAUAUGCCGCCGGGACGCUCGGAUCCCGCCUCGUCGACGCUCACUUCUUUUGUAUUUCUCCCAUCAACGACGCGACCACAACACCACCACGGGAGCCCUUCCACCGCCUCCUCCCGACCACGAUAUCCGUGUACCGCCUGAAAUCUCUGUUGGCGCGGCACUUUGGCCUCCCGCCGCUCCAGUUCCGGCUGAUCUACGAGUCGCAUGAAUACGACCCCGUCGAACCCAUCACCAGCACGAGGAAUCCCGCCGCGGGAACGGGCAACGGGCAAGAUCUGUGGGAGUCGUGGGGCGAUUGGGACGUCGAUCGAGACGAUGUCGACGGCGCCGACGGCGGCGGUGGCGAUGACGAUCAUGACGAUGACGACGGCGUUGUCGGGGCCAAAGAAGUCGACAUCGCAACGACGGCUACUAUGCCCAUGUACAUCACGCGCCAGGGCAACCGCUUCAAGAAGCGCGAGACCGAGAUCCUGGACGGGAUGCGGCCCUGGGGAGAUUUUCUGGACGUCGAUGACGGUCCUGUUCCCGGUCACGGUCACGAUUGGCACCCGGGAACUGCGCACUUGGGUAGCACGGGCAGGAGGAGGAGGGAGGUAAAGGUUCGUGUGGAACCACAUUAG